AUGUGCAUCAUCCGGCAGGUCGUCAAGGAGGAUUGCGGCGACACAACGGAGCGGUGGACGGAGAUGUGCCAGCCGGCCAGGCAGCGCGGCUGGGCGUGCCAGGUGAUGGUGCGUAUGGAGACGUGGUGGGUGAGAGGAUAUUGCAAUGCAUGUCUAAAUUACUAUCCGAGGUACGCGUGA